CACUGUAAACUGCAUCCCGCGAAAAUAUUGCUAAAAAUUGCGAAAAUGAACAAAAAGUUUAUUGCUGCUCCAUUAAAUCGCAUUCCCGGCACCAGCCAGGCCAAGGAGCAGCACUGCAAAGACCUAAAGACCCUCAGCUAUGCGGAACUACUGGAAAUCAGAGACAGACAAUCCAAUUUGCUGUCAUUCAAAAAGCGACUGCAGCAAUUGCCGGACAAGGGCAGACGCCUACAAGAGUCCUACGACAAAUUGCUGGACGAGAUAAGGCGGCGGGACGAUGUGGAGGCAACUGCCCAAAUGCUCAGCGAACUGAACAUCGCGUCCAAGGGAAAGAUUGCGCUGAACAAUCUCGAAUGGAACGGCCGCGAGAUUGUGGAUGAGGGCGCGCAUGUGGAAGAUGUACUGGAUAGCGAUGAUGAGUUCGAAAUGGACCCCUUGCGGAUCAUAGCGCAGGGCACAAUGCACGAGAAGAGGGUCAAGGUGCUGCCGCCACCCGAGAGUCUCAUUACGGCUGGGGAUCUGGCCGACAUAGACACGUUCAAGAAGACUGCCGACUCGCCGGACUCUGCAUUGGAUGGCCAGAGUGCCAGCAGUUCGAUACCCGCAGAGUUAAUUGAGAUUGAUGCCAGCCUUGUGGCCGCAAAGUAUCCGCCAGAGGCGCACGCAUAUCCCCCCGUCGAUCAGCAUUCCCUCUACCUCAUAGACAAAACCGAACCCAAGGAGAGAAGUGCGAUGCGGGAGAAGUUCCGGCCAUUCCGCACAACCAUCUCCAAUGUGCACGACCCCGAUAAGGAGCGCAUACGGAAGAAGGGCAAGCACUGGGAGAUCACAGCAGCCACCCCGCCACUCAUCCAGUACAAGGAAGUGCAGAUGGUUCCGCUGGCGGAGUCAGCCACCCUGCAGCUGGACUUUAUGCAGCGCAUCAAGGAGCUGAGGAUACAGCAGGCAGAGCAGCGUCUGGCACAGCAGCAGGGCUCGAGCAGAGUACCCGCCUCGGGCCUCCAGCUGCCGGCGGAGUCUGUGCUAAAGACCAAGGCAUCCUUCACAAAUUAUCGCAAUCCCCAAGUGGAUUAUCUGAUUGAGGGCCGGCAAAAGCCCAGCGAGCUAAACGAAGUGCAUGACCCAACGAGCCUCGACAGAGCAGCCUCCACAAGUGGCAUUCACUACACGGUCUACGAGUGACGCCCUUCCGUUCCUUGGCCAUGCGUCUCGUUAACAUUGUCAACUAUUUAAUUGUGUAGGCAACAAGAGCUACCAGAUAAGAGAUUACAUACGAUUAUAGAU